AUGAAAACCAGAUCUAAAAAACCGCCGGCGACGGUAUCUCGAAAGACAGCUUCAGAGACGAACACAGCGACAACCAAAUCACUCGAUCAGAGUGUUGAGCAGCCACCGCAGAUGUUUGUCCUGCCAAAGGAUGCGAGUCAGGCCGCUCGGAUCAUCACGGUGCCACAUCCAGCUUCCGCGACGCCGACGCGCUUCUUCGUUUGUCCUGAGCGAGGCUUCUAUGAAUUCACUCGUGUUGCGGCGCCCAAGCGAUCGUGCCGCAGUUGGCUUCUCGCGCCUCAGAGACCAGACAUCGAUAAUGCAAUUUCAGCUACGAGCAAUGAAAAUGAACCAGCACUGGAUGAAGAGCAGGACAGCGAGGAGGGGAAAGGCUACGUCUUACAAAAUCCAGACUUGUUCGUCGCGACACCAAUAGAUCCACUAUUCAUCAUACUCGUUGCUCUCGUUGGCGACGGCAAGACUAUUGGACAAGAAUACCUCGCUGCUUCCGACUACACGGCUUCCCUUGCAAAGACCUCGGCCCAUCUGCAUCAGAUGUUGCAAAGUCCCGAAGGGGAGAAUUUCAGGAGACUGUUAGAGGCCAGAGUCGAAGCAGUCUGCGAUUGCAUAGACAUGGGUGAUGAGAAGCUUUUUGCGCUUUCUCUAUCAAAGUUGUCGGAAGAGCUCGUCAAAAAGGCAAAGCGGACGGCGGCAAAGGGGCUUCCUGCUAGCAUGGAGGACAAGUUCGUUCGCCAGGCUCUGGAUGUGCCCAUGCCCAGCGUGAGGCGUGAAGAAAGUGAGAUCAGCAUGGCCUCUGUGACAAAACAGACCUCCGAGGGCAAUUCACAGGCCACCGAAACGUCUACCACAACAACAGCUAGUGCCGAGACAUUUGCAACCUCAGUGACCUCUCACCAAGCUGAAGUAGACUCUAGCAUCCCCGCACUACUACGCAUACGUGUGGCUCUACGGUUCAUACAAACUUCAUACAUUCCUACUCGACUGCAGAGUCUCAUGCAGCCACACUUACAGGAUGUGAAGUUGACAUCAAUCGACUUCGAGCCGCUAGAUGCGCGUCUCUCACAUAUUGCCAAGCUCAAACGCGAUGCCCAGGCUCUACGCUCAAUCAGUGACAAUAUUAGCCGCAAGCGAUCAACCGCUGAGGAGGACGAGGACAUCGCCAUCAAACGGCGAAAGAAGGACGAGGAAGAAGAGAAGAAGAAAAAUGUCAGCCUUGGCGUGAGGAAAUUACUCAAGGCCGACACCAGCGGGAUGAAGAAAAUGAGCGCCUUCUUCACGAAGAAGUCAUGA